UGCAACGCGGCAGCCAACCACUUGGAUAACCACUGCCACGCGCCCCCCGCGCUAACCCUCUAUACAUUGGCCUGCCGGCGCGACGCCUCCUCCAUCCAUCACCAACAGCAGCAAAGCAAGAUCGAUCAUUCGUCCGUCCGUCCACCAUAACUGGAAGCAAAGAGCUCGGCCGACAGGGCACAGGUUCAGCACUCAGCAGGAAGGUAUAGCCAUGGCGUUCCCGGCGUGCGUGCAGUGCGGGACGCGGGAGAACCCGUGCCGGUGCAAGUUCAUCGGGCCGACGCUGGGGUUCCUGGCGUUCGUGGUGACCGGCGUCGUAGAGUGGCCGGUGGGCGCGGUGGUGUACCUGUUCCGCCACCGCAAGGGCCGCCGCAUCAUGGGACACCCGGCCAGGGUCGUCUACCCGCGCGUCUCCAGGGCCAUCCCCAUCUAAUCCCAGCUUCAUCCUAACCUAAUCUAAUCCCUCCCUGUGUGUAUGUUGUAACCUGUGCGUUUGUGCAUGAUUGACGAAGAAGAUUUCAAUAAAAAUGGGUGAUUGCUUA